AUGAUAGCGGAAUGUGGCAGGCGUUGGUUGCCGCAGCACUCGUUCUGUGUAGCAGAAAUGCUGCUGCUGGAAUGCAUUUUCUUCGAGACAUCAACAUUUCAGGCGAGUUCUCUGGGAAUUUUCGCGAAUGUCAAACUAUGGACAUCAUUGUGGUCCCGUUCGAGCUAUGGACGAUACGUUCGAUAUCACACAUUCUGCAAAGGAUUCACAAACUCCAUCGUUUUAUCGGUGUUUAUAAUCGCUGAGGUCCCAAAUAUGCUAUUAGAGUCCAAUUUUUAUCCGGAAUUAGUGUUCAGAAUAUGCGGAUCUGUCGCGGGUCUCGCAUCGCUUCCCAAUCGAUUUUUCCAAUUUUUUCUUUCAUUCGGCACCUGCUACAUUGCGUUUUCGCCGAUGAAACCGAUUCCAAAGUAUAUUUUCUAUAUAUCCACCGUUAUUCCAAUAAUGUUCGGAGUCACGUUGUUCUCAGUUCGGAUAUCGUCAGCAGAAUGCGGCUAUCGAUUCGAUGCUAUCAAGUUCGCCUGGUUCUAUGAUCCAGGAGUGUGCGCUCAAACCGUUCAAAAGACUCAAUCAAAGCUCAUCCAGUUUCAAAUAAUUACCAGCUACUGUUUCAAUUUUAUUACAUUUCUCAAAAUCUGCUUUGAUGUGAGGCGAAAAAGCUUUCUAGAAGAUUCUCAGCUUCGAAGUCGAUUGACAAAAACCAAAUGGAGAUUGGCGCAGUGUGUUGCUCAAGAUCUAUUCCACAUUAUCGACGUCACAUUCUACGUCAACGAAUCCGAAGGCUAUGGUGUUCUCGUCAAUUUCAUUUUCAACACGUUUGUUUGGAAUAUGGCGCACGUGCUCGACGGCUUCAUAAUGCUAUUCAUGCUUCAACGGGUUCGCUUCAACUUUCAGACAACUGUCUCAGUUGUCGUCAGCAGCUAUAAUAAUAAUAAUAAUAAUAAUAAUAAUUACAAGAAGGCUCCGACGCCGAUGUUGCGAAAUGUCACGCGUAUCUAG